CACUAUCAAUUUUUAUUCGUGAUUAACUUCUAACAUAUUUGAUACUCAACAUUGCUUUUGAUUCCUUCUCUUGUUGAGCAUACUUUAUUUAAUAACUAGGAAUAGACAAUACUCUAAAUCAACACCUAACCUUGCCUAUGAUUCUCCUUUCAACGUUAAAUACUUCCACACAGUUUUGGAAGAUGAUUUAUUUUCCUAUUAAUAUCAUCACAGAUCAACACAACGGAUGUAGUAAGAGAAAGGCUAAGAAGUUUCACUUUUGCUUACAGAAGGGUGUUAAUACAUUCCUUCUCAAAAAGUAUACAGAGCUGUGUACAGCAGCCAGAAACAACACUAGUGAGGAGUGCAAAACAACUAUUACUUCCGCUUUACACUUGGAGAAAUAAAUGAAAAAAUUGAUGUAUUGGAAAUACGUAUUUACGGGAAACACAUCACUGGGGUUCCCAAUAAAGAAAGUUCAGUGACUCCAGCUCUGAGCUUCUUUACUCUCAGAACAAAAAAAUAUGAAAUCUAAAAUAAGCGCUCAAUUUCCUGCUGCCAACCCUUACUAUCGAUUAGUGCUUUCAUCUGCUUUACAAUCUCACGUUCUAUAUCCUUUCUUGCAAUUUUAAAAUAGCAGUCCUAUCUGUUGUCAAGAAAUAGCACGUGAUGCAGUAAUGCUUGCUAUCAUGCAACCUUUAAACUCAUAGUCAUAUAAAGUAAUCCAAAUGUACUAAGUAAGGUAGUAAAGCACAAACAUAUAUUAACAUAAUGCAUAUAUAACUAAUUUUAUUAGCUUUUUUUCUGGAAAAUUCAAUGCCCCUCAGCACUCCUGCAAGCGGGUAAGAGCAUUACCAAGAAAAUGCAAAACAGCACCGUAUGGGAACUGUUAGGUCACUGCCUGAACCAGUGAUUGAGCAGCUGGUGAAGGGGUGUAGCCAGCCCUGGGAGCACAGGUGGAAGCAAUCCACCUGUGUGACUGGCAGGGGGCAGACCCUGGCUCUACCCCUCCCCAACCUCAUUUAAGGGCUGGCAGCCACAAGGGAAGCACCUCUACUUGGAGAUCCUCUCCUUUGGAGUGUUUGGUGAGCCCUGAUCCUUGGAAAUGGGAGAUCUCCUGUGUAUUAUGAUAUAGUUCUCAAGUUUGGAAUCAUCUUGUGAACCGUAUUUCUUAAUUACGUCAAUGCUUCAAGAUACAGAGAAAUAGUAUUCAGGAUAACCUUGAAGAUCUUUUGGACCUACUAAAAAUCUGGUAAUCAAGAGCCAUAAUGACAGACAUAAAAGAUGGACCACACUCAGGGGAAGAUCUAUCAGAUGCAAGAUCUUUCCCUGGUUCCACAGGAAUGAACCUACCUGCUAGCAAGUCUGUGGACUCUGGAAUUCUGCCAGAUGACAGUUACAGAAUGGAUUAUCCAGAGAUGGGAGUAUGUGUUAUAAUAAACAACAAGAACUUCCAUCGAGAUACUGGACUAUCAUUUCGUUCAGGCACGGAUGCAGAUGCUGCAAAUGUCAGAGAAGUUUUUAUGAAGCUGGGAUAUAAAGUCAAGCUUAACAAUGAUCUGUCAAGCAGAGACAUUUUUAAGCUAUUGAAAAAUGUUUCUGAAGAAGAUCACAGCAAACGAAGCAGUUUUGUUUGUGUGUUGCUGAGUCAUGGUGAAGAAGGACUCUUCUACGGUACCGAUGGCCCUCUUGAACUGAAAGUACUAACAAGCCUUUUCAGAGGCGACAAGUGCAGAAGUUUGGCAGGGAAACCCAAACUGUUUUUCAUUCAGGCCUGUAGAGGGACAGAAUUAGAUUCUGGUAUUGAAGCAGACAGUGGAUCAGAUGAAACAAUGUGUCAAAAAAUACCGGUAGAAGCAGACUUCCUGUAUGCAUAUUCUACUGCUCCAGGCUAUUACUCCUGGAGGAACUCAGCUGAAGGCUCCUGGUUUAUUCAGUCUCUGUGUCGAAUGCUGAAGGAACAUGCAAGGAAACUUGAACUCAUGCAGAUUUUAACUCGUGUAAAUCGCAGAGUGGCAGAAUAUGAAUCCUGCUCCACUCGACAGGAUUUUAAUGCAAAGAAACAGAUUCCAUGCAUUGUGUCUAUGCUCACCAAAGAAUUUUACUUUCCUUGCUAAAAAAAAAAAUUGCACUUUGCAAUUUUUCACUUCAGGUUUUUAUCUGUAAUUUAUACACUGUUUGUGUGGAAUAUCACUUUUAAAUCUGAAUUACUGUUCACUGCCAUAUAUGGCAUAAUGAACUAUCUGAAAGUUGGGUAUGUCCGUUAUUAGAAAGUAACCCAUGGUAUGGCUAAGUUAGAAAUGCAAACCUGAGUUGCAGAAGCACAGGGAAAUUUGAAAGUAGUAAGAAUUUGGAAAAAUCACGAGAAGGGGACUGAAGAGAAGUCACGUCACUUACGAGACCUACUUGGUGCUACAUUUCACUUUGCAGAAGGAGCAGAGAAAAGAAACAGGUCUUGUAAAUGGUUUGGUUUUGUAUCUUUACCAAUAGGAAGAAGAUUCAGAAUGUGAUCUGUUUGCUAAUUAUGGUUAUAUGAUGGUAGUGUCAUUACACACGUCUUAAAAAAAAAAAUUGAGUUUUGCAAGUUUAGGUUAUAAGCUAGCCUAAACUUCUUGUAUUACGUAGGACAUAAACUGUGAAAUAUGGCCAUUUCAUUUUUUACAUACACUUAGGAGGCAUCUUUAGAAUUAAGUUCAUUUUGUCUUGAUUAUUUUAUAACUUUUUAUAUGGAGCAUUAAGCGAGGUAAUUUUAUCAACACAGUAUCUGUUUCUAAGUAAACUUUGUAUUUUUGGCCUUGAAGCUGAGUCACUAAGGGACCAGUCUUCCCAAACACUUUUUUUUUUUUUUUUUUUGCAGCUCUUAGGGAGAGCUUUAAUACUUUUUGGGCAUGUGUGAGGCCACAGGAUUCAAUGCAAAAGGAAGUCUGCAUUCUGAAAAGCCAGCUUUCCUCUUUCUGGCCAUCAAAUCAGAGUGGUUCUGCUUUCUGUUGUGUACAUACCACAUUUGAUCUUUGUGGAAACCUAAAUAUGGUGGCACCAGAGAAAUUUCCUUUGUCUGCUAUCAAUUGGGUUAAUUACACAUGUCUUUUAAAAUAAUUUAGUAUGUUAAUGAAUAGUAAAUAUAAGUCUCUUAGUUUUGACCCUGAAUUUUGUGGAAUAGGCUUUUAGAAAAUUGUAAAGCAUAUAUGCUUUUGGUGAUGUUUCAGUUUGUGACAGUCUUCUGAUGAACAGAGGAAGACAAUGGUGAAUGACCAUAAGGUGCUUGCAAAACAAGACUUAAAAUUCUUUAUAUUGUGUAGCAUAAGAGAUAUUAGUGAAUUGACGUCUUCUUCCAGAGGCAUUUGGAUUUUUUUUUAAAUUAAAUAUUGUGACCUACAUUGUAAACUGGUUUGCUGUAUUGUUUUGAACACAGGUGAAAGAGCACUAAAGAAAGCACAGUCUUGGCAAAUGGUUUUGAUCUGUCAGACAUUCUGUUUACAUCUGGGCAGAGUUUUCCUGCAGGGGUAUUUCAGCCACACAAAUACCACUCUUCCAAAAUAGCUGUUUUGACUUCAGGAGUUCCUGUAUCUCCAGGUCCUGAGAGUAUUACAGAAUUGUACUCAACUUUUGCAAGCUGAAGCUGGAAUAUACAGACUCUGGACUUGGCUCCGGUACAGUGUAGUAAAAUCCUGGGUAAAUCUCUACCCGGUCUUUUCCAGCACCGAGACUCACCAGCAAGUUCUUCAGAAUCCUUCAUGACAAACAGAAACACUGUGUUAAUUUGGGUUCUGUUGCAUAUCAGAACUAUUAUUUAGUCCUGUCUUACAAGACUUAGCGUGACUUAAUGAAGUAGUCGUUACGGACAGUAAUCUCAUUUUGGUUUUUGGUUCUUUAAAUAAAAAAUGAUUCUACAA